AUGCAUCCAUUUUUUUUGGAAAACAAAUAUUGUCCAAUAUGUUAAAAUAUCUCAGCUUAAUCAAGUAUAUCUAAGAAUAUAAUUAAUAGUGCUUGAAAGUAUAGGAAUAGAAGAAUUAAAGAAAUCUAUCUUAAAAUCUAAUGUGGAUAAUUAAUAAUUGUAAUUAUUGAAAAAUGUUGAUGAUAUAGAUUUGGAAGAUAAUUUUAUAUAAUCAACUACUUAAGAUGAUAAAGAAAUAAUAGAAUUAAGAUUAUUAAAUAAAAUGGAUAUAUAUGAUUAAUUAACUGAUUCUGCAUUGCAAUAGGUAUUCAAUUGUAAUAAUUGUAGUACAAUUCUUUUUUAGAUUAAUAUUUUUGAUAGUUGUCUGACUUUAUACUUUAUAUAAUUGUUUAUAAAUAAAAAUGCAGUUAUUUCAUAUAUUUAACUUAGAAAUUAAUUUAAAAAAGUUCAAAAUUCUACAUAAUGUUCUGUGACCAUCAAGGAGAAUAAUCAUUCUGUAUAUGUUGUCAAUAACUUAUUUGUGAAUUAUGUAUAUGUUGUACAAAUUCAAAAAAAAUAAAUGUGCCAAAAAUACAUUUAAAUGCACUUUGUUCAAGAUGUGAUUAAACUUAAGCUUAAAUUAAAUGUGAAUAGUGUAUGUUUCAAUUCUGUUAAGAAUGUUUUUAAUCAGUUCAUAAAAUAGGCAAAUUUUCAACUCAUAUCAAAAUUGAAAUCAAUUAAGAUCUACACUAAUAAAUAAUCAAAUAAAUGUCUAUAAUUACAGAACUUGAAUAAUACUGUUAAGAAUAAAUGA